ACACAGACUGACAAAGUCCCAAUCGAGAACUGUCCACUUACAAAAUAUCACAAUCUAGAUUUUAGAUCCCAUCAGUAAAGAUAUUUUAAAGGAAACUUGCCGAAAACAAGAUGACUGUGAGGAGACUCUGACAGAAAAUGUCAUAUAGUAGCAAGGAAUUAAUGGAGCAUAUUCCAUAUGUUCCUCCACUGGCUCUCCACGGCCUUUCCAUGGAAAACAGCGGCGCGCACUACAAGGAUGCGCUCAGACUCGGACUGCCCUUCCACCUGGACGCUGCUUACCUGGACCCUGUGCACGGCCAGAGGUUACCUUUCAGACAACUAUCCUAUUUCCCCUUUCACAUCCCGCUCGGUGUGUGUGAUUACUCCUUCGAGCCUGCGUUCAUCCGGAAAAGGAACGAGAGGGAGCGGCACCGAGUGCGCUGCGUAAACGAAGGUUACGCGCGGCUCAGGGAGCAUCUGCCGCAGGAGUUUGAGGACAAACGGCUCAGUAAGGUGGAGACACUGCGAGCGGCUAUUGACUAUAUCAAACACCUGCAGAGCAUGUUGGAUUUAAACGUGUCCGGGAUGGACAGGUCGCUUGGAGACGCGCGUAACCGUGCGGCGCCGCCGCAGAGGAGAGACAGUGAUGGAGAAUCCAAAACUGGCCUCAGCGACAGCGGGGAAAUAGUUUACUAACUCUCACCCUCGAGUUAUGCCCUGCUGUAAAUACAUGAAAUUGUA